AUAAUAAUUAGCUAACGACCUUCGGCUUAUAAUACCGGCUGUCUGCCAUUCUAGCCAGUCUAUAUCUAUGCCUAAGCUCCCCUAGCCGGCGCUCUGUUUGACUUCUACUAUAAGUUAGCUUUUUGCUAACCCCGCAAUGGACAAUGUCCACAGUCUCUACUCGCCAGUUACUCCUGAAGAAAACGGAACAGAAACCUGUGACAGCUCCUCGGCGGAAGAUGGAUUAGUGGACGCUUUCGGCGACCUGGCAGCCCUCCCGGUGGAGGUUGGCGAGAGAAGACCGACGUGUUUACGGUGCCGUCGCCCUCAGAAGGUGUGUCUCUGUCCUUUUCUUCCAUCACAACCCCUGGAGGUCUCAUCAUGUCUGUACGUGGUGCAGCACCCCGCAGAGGAGAGCCGAGUACUUCGCACAGUUCCUCUACUUGCUGCUUGUUUGCCACAAGGAAAAUGCAACGUCAUAGUUGGAAGGAGGUUCAAUGAGGAAAAGCACCCAGAGCUGGCUGCGGUGUGUCGGGACAGCAGAACGCUGAUCCUGUAUCCAGGCCCUAAAUCCCAGAACUUGGAGGAGUUGGUGCAAUACCAGGAAGUAGGGACUGUGAAACAUAAUGUGAUCAUCAUAGACGGCACCUGGAGCCAGGCGAAAAACAUGUUCCUCAAAAACAGCCUGUUCCACCUGCCGAAACAGGUGCAGCUGAAUAGGACUCUGUCCAGUCAGUAUGUGAUCCGCACCCAACCUUCCAACAUCUGUCUGUCCACGCUGGAAUGUGCUGCUGUCGCCCUGUCCAUCCUUGAGCGGAAUGAUGACAUCCAAGAGGUUCUGCUGAGGCCCCUGAAAGCCCUGUGCUCCUUCCAGCUGCAGCAUGGCGCUCAGAUCCAUCACAGCAAGGAGCAUCUGCUGAAAAACGGCAUGUACGACAAACCAAUGCCCAAGAACAAACGCAAGAUAAAGAGGAUGGAGAAACUGGUCAGUGACCACAACAUCUCCCCAAGAUGAGGGAGGGACAGAGCAGAGACACUGGGCGCGACUCCUCUCUGUCCUCAUAGCUGGCUACACUGCACAGGAUUGUAUCAUCAGAGCAGCAUGUAGCAGCGUCAGGGUGCCGCCAUGGAAACCUCUGCACUUACGGGAGUUUUGUCUUCUGUUUUUUAGAUAAUCUAAUUUAUAAUUUAAAAUGAUGUUAAGUUAAAUCAGGUUUUUGUUUACAUUGUUCCUCCCUAGACUUUAUAAACACUACAGUGGUUCUGUUGUGAUUGGCUCUGUGGCUCCAGCUGAUCACAUCUGGAAGGGCUGAUUCCACUGAUGUCUUUUUUUAUUGAGCAAAAAUGUUCUUUCAGAUAUGUUACAAACUAAAAAUACCUCUAAAACACAUGAUAUACCAUGAAACUACCAGACACACACAAUCAAGCAGGAAAACAGUGAAGCUGCAAUUUUGAGUUGUAUUGUGCUGUUUGUAAUACACAGAAAGGUACAAUUUAGCUUUUGUGUUUUUAAAUACAAUAAAUGUGGCUGCAGGCCUACAAGAUUUUUUUUUUAGAUAUUACACACAGAAACUAAGUUAAAUCCGUCUGCAUAAGAUCGUCUAUGCCAUAAAUAACAUCUCAUUAAAUUUUACAUGGACAAUAAAUCUUGAUUUUCUCAUUUUAUUGUUGGGUCACUAUGUAUCUGAUUUGCCACUUCAGAUGCUGAGAACUAAAUCAAAUUAUUCAUAUCUUUAAAAAAUGUGAUUAUGUUAUAACUCAUUGAAUUAUAAACUGGGCAGGUAAUUGGUUUUAAACGCUGACAGUGUUGUGUUGCAGUGUUUUUGCAGGUCAUAAUUAUAAAAGACAGUUGAUUGGACUAUUAAACAUGGCUGGAAAUACA